UUCAAGGAGAGAUAUGGCGUUUAUGUAUCCGAUGCAUUUUCCGGCAGUACCAUUACGAUGGGAUGAACCAGCAUGGGCAAUUCCUUGUACAGAUGCGGUUGAUGAAGUUUUGCUUUCAAGGCUAGAAUCACGUCUUAAUGCACAGUCUGUAUUUACGCAAAUGCGUUCUGUACCAAAUGUUAUCUCUGGAAGCACUUUACUGCAAGAAAUAGAUGAUUUGGAAGAGAUUGACGAAGAAGUAGCUGAUGAAGACGAUGAACAGAAUCAAUAAUUUCACCCUAUUUCCAUAUGAAAUUUUUGUUUGACUUCAGACAUCAGCACGCGUAGAUCAUUUAUUUGUUCUACUAUUUCUUAAUUUAAAAGAGAAGAAAAACUUUCAAAUUCAGUCAUGCUUUGGAAUUUUUUGAGUGGAUUAAGGAGGAAAAUGAUGUAUAAGAAGUUCUGUGUCAUUUCUUCAUUUUUUUUUUUUAAAGUUCUUAAAUGUUGAGGAUCUUUUGAAACAGUUGAUCUUAUUGUAACCCUGUCAAUAUCAAUAUGUACGACGUUCUCCGAACAAUCAUGAGCUGAUGCUACUUCAGAAAAUAUAUUGAACUUUUUCAUCUUGCAGACAGAUGCUAUUUAAUGAGUGAGUUUAUUCUACUCAUAGGAUUGUUUCAAAAUUAAGAUCUAGGCGACGACCUGUCUAAUGGCUACAUUAGCAUGAUUUAACGCUACUGCACUGGCCAUUAUUCCUUUCAUGUCAUAACUUGUAUGAAUGGGUUUCAUAAUUGCUUUUCAAGACGA